UACAGAUUCUAUCUAUAUCAACUAAUGUCUAUCAUGUUAUUGUUGUCAUUUUCGCUUGCCAAGUUGGUGGUAUGAUGAGUGAUUGAUGACACUGAUUAUUUUAGACGUUCCUUGACCUGGAGAUUCCGGUUAAGAAGCAUAAAAACGAAUAAUAACGGCACAGCGUGAAACAAACAAGGUUGACCAGAGACCUGACAGACAAGGAGGUGAAUGCAUUCAAGAAUCAGGUGCGUGCGUACGGACUUCGGGCUGGUGAACUGUCACGCAUGCACACCCUGCUUGAGGUCCUGGAUGCAAUGGAAACAGCUGGCGUGCUUGGCAUCAACAAAUACGAUGUGCUGAAGCGGAUCCUAGCGCACGACAUGGAGAAACCGGGCCUGCUUGCCUGCGUACAGGAGACGGAGGCCGACAUCCAGGUGGUGCUGCUAUCGGCAGGACGCAAUGAGCCGUGGAUAGAGCGACAGAAAGAUGCAGAGGUGCUGCAGGUAUUGACUAAGGCAGAGCCAACCACGAGAGACCCAGAGCCCCCGAGUGGAAAGCUGAAUGAUUUGAGAUGCAACAUGCAGGCAACAACGUCUGCCACAAUAGAAAGGGGGAUGCAAUAUCUGCAGGUGGCAAGGAACCGCAAUUCGAAUGCUAAUUGCUAUCCAAGUGGAAAGGGUUUCCUUCUUAUCGUUAACAAUUUCACCCAAAAAAGGAAAGGCACGCAGAAGGACCAGGAGAAUCUGCUGACAAUUUUCCGCGAUACGCUCAACUUUGACGCCGUCGUUAAGGAGAAUGUGACCAGGGACCAGCUGAUGAAUGCUCUGAUUUCUGUACAGAAACUGCUAUUCACGGGAGUGAUGCGAAACAACGAGCUGUGCCACUACUCGUCUUUUUUCCUGGCCAUCAUGAGCCAUGGAUCCCAGGCAGGGAUCAAGACCAUGGACGGCCACUUUGUCUCCGUUGCGGACAUCGUGUGCCACUUCAAAGCUGACAGGCUGUCCACCAUGGCAGGAAAACCAAAGGUUUUGCUAGUGCAGGCCUGCAGGGGACCACUAAACCAAUGUGGCGUCGAAAUUCAGAGCGAUGACAGAGAGGAGGAAGAUGCACAGCAGUCUGUUGCCAUGACACCCGUGGAUGCAGAUGUCCUUAUUGCUUACUCUACAACAGAGGGAUACCGGUCGUGGAGACGAGAGGAGAAAGGCUCGUGGUUCAUACACCACGUUACUCAAACGCUGCAGCAUUGCUACGUGACAGAGCAUCUCCUGGACAUGCUGACCAUGGUCAAUCAACAGGUGGCAGAAGAGCAAACAGUUGCAUCUGAGGUUGUGCCUGAAGGAGUGAAGCAGAUGCCAUGUCUAGUUUCAACUCUGACUAAAAAAAUAUAUCUUGGAGAAAUAAAUUAAAAAUUGUGGGAGAUAACGAAUUUCCAAACACAGAUGACAUGGUGUAGCAGCAUUGAUGUAACACAGGCUGGUGCAGCUUUAACUACCCUACACAAUGUCACUCACUAGAGAAAAAGAGUUUAUUACAAUAGUGAUAGUUGCAGACAAAUUAAAAGAUAUAACAAGAAAUAUUUUCUCUUCUGUUUGAGGAUGCAUGUUUUUGCUAUGAUUCUAAAUUAUGGAAAUCACUAUAUUAUGGUUGGGUUACUAAAUUAAGUAUUAUUAUUUUAUUUAUUUUAUAUAUAUUUUGUAUGUAUUCAUGUUAUUUAAUAUUAUGACAGCAGCAUCAGUAAUACGUCUCAAGCCAUUUGUAUAGAAUAUUUUCUAUUCCACAUGCAUGAACUGUCAAAUAUAAUAUUAUCAUCAAGCAUUUAAAUACUUUGCCUAGUCCUGUUAUUGUUAAAUUAAUAAUUCUAAUUAUCGGCUGCACUAAAUAUUCGACAUGACUAUGGUAAAAUAUAAGGGAACAGAAACUGCCACAAAUAUUUACCUUUAAAGCUAUCUUCAUAACGAUUUUACAUACAUUCGAACAUAAUAAUGGUUUCAAAAACAUUGGGUGAUAUCAGGAGCUGUGCAAUUUAUGAGCAGCUGACGAUAUAACGAGUUAUUAACGAAAUGCUACUCGCUGUAGCAGGGGUGACUAGUAUAAUCAAAAAAGAUCAGUAAGUGCUUCAGUGUUUGA